AUGCUUUUUUUCGGAAGAGAAAAAGAAAAUGAUUGUGAAAAUUUUUAUUUUUUCAGUUACAUCGUUGGGAUUAAAAAAGGAUAUCAACAAUUUCAAGAACCACGUGGAACAACUGUUGUUAAAGUAAAAGGAAUUGCUAAAGUAACAGGCAAUGAUACAACACAAUUCGUUCGAGCAGCUUCAACACAUUUAUGGGAUACAACUGAAUAUCAAUUGCCUCCACUGGAAAGUGAUGCAUUUUUUAUUGCUACACGACAAACAGUUACUUAUAGUCAAGUAGAAGGUUACUGUCCCAGUGCAUUAGACGACAAAUUAUUUUGUACUAACUCAACAUUAUAUUUAUGUCCAGCAGGUGAACCAACACCAAAUACAUUUGGUUAUUUUACGGGAAAUUGCGUACCAAGUGUGGAAAAUGCUUCUAUAGGAGUUUGUCAAAUAAAUGCUUGGUGCCCUGAAGAACUUUCAAAGUCAACUGAAUUCAUAAUCGAUAGCAAUGCUGUUGAAAAUUUUACAGUGUAUUUAAAAACAUUGGUGACAUUUACAUUAUUCAAUAUCAAUUCGAGAAAUGUUCGCCAUGAUACGAAUUUUACAUGUCGAUAUCAUAAAGUUAAAGAUCCACGUUGCCCUAUUUUUCGAAUAGGUGAUAUUCUCGAUAGUCUCAAUACAGAUAAAGCAGCUCUUCUACGUGAAGGUGGUUUAAUUGAAAUUCGUCAAGAUUGGACCUGUAAUUUCGAUUUUGAUAAAGAACAUUGUUUUCCAAAAGUUAAAUUUAAUGUAUUACAAAGUGGUGACGAUAAACAAUCUCCUGGUAUUAAUUAUCGAUCAGCUCAAAAAUAUCGCAUAAAUGAUACAGAUUAUCGAACAUUAUCAAAAAUUUAUGGAUUACGAUUUGUCGUUGCUAUAACAGGAAAAGGUGGACAAUUCGAUAUACUUGAUUUAUUUGUUGCUAUCGGCUCUGGUAUUGGUUAUAUGGUUAUAGCUGAUAUUGUGUGUGACGCAAUAUUUACGUAUAUUCAUAAAUAUCGAGAGCGAUAUCGUAAAGUAAAAACUAGUGUAUGCAUGAUGUCUUCAAGCAGCGAGAAUUUAGAUGAGGAUUCAGUACGUUAACAAGUUUGUUGGUUAACAAACAUACUAAUCAUUAGUUGUUUUUAUUUGUUAGAAAAAUAUACAACCUA